AGAAGCAGGGCGACUGGUGUUUGGAAAGGACUUGAAGCAUCCGCCCUGGGGAGGCGAGGCUCUUUGAUGUGUGUUUUCCUAUUGCUGUGCACAGGCAGUUUGUUUGCUGUUUGGUGAGGUUCAACAGUAGUUGGACAGUGGACUUUGUUGGAAAGCGAUCGUGUUCUGUGAUGAGACUUGGUUUCCUUUGUCAGUGAUCUGCACAGAGGGAAAGCAGUGGGCCUGGCCUGGCCGCGGAGCCACAUUGCUGCCUCUACUCUGCAUCAGCUCAUCCCGAGGUGCCCGAGGGAGUGAGAGAUGCCUGUAGUCCGCCAGUGGCCUGCCCUGCUGCUUUUGCUGGCUUCCACCUGCUCCUUGGGGUCGCCGUGUGGCCUUUCAACACACGUAGAAAUCGGACACCGAGCUCUGGAGUUUGUCCACCUUCCAGAAGGGCAUAUUAACUACAAAGAGCUGCUGCUCGAGCACCGGGAUGCAUAUCAGGCUGGAACUGUGUUUCCUGACUGUUUCUACCCCAGUAUCUGCAAAGGAGGAAAGUUCCAUGAUGUAUCGGAGAGCACUCACUGGACGCCGUUCCUCAAUGCAAGCAUUCAUUACAUCCAUGAGAACUAUCCCUUACCCUGGGACAAGGACACGGAGAAGUUGGUGGCUUUCUUAUUUGGAAUCACCUCCCACAUGGUGGCAGAUGUUAGCUGGCAUAGCCUGGGUAUCGAACAAGGAUUCCUGAGGACAAUGGGAGAUAUUGAUUUUCACGGCUCCUACCCUGAGGCUCAUUCGGCUGGCGAUUUUGGUGGAGAUGUGGUGAGCCAGUUUGAGUUUAAUUUUAAUUACCUGGCACGACGCUGGUAUGUUCCCAUCAAAGACCUACUAGGAAUUUAUGAGAAACUUUAUGGGAAAGAAGUCAUCACCGAGAAAGUGAUUCUGGACUGCUCAUACCUCCAGUUCUGGGAGAUGUACGGUGAGGCACUAGCUGUUUCCAAGCUUUAUUCUACUUUUGCCACAAAGUCACCUUUUCUGGUGGAACAAUUCCAAGAAUAUUUCCUUGGAGGACUGGAUGACAUGGCAUUUUGGUCCACUAAUAUUUACCGUCUAACAAGCUAUAUGUUGGAGAAUGGGACCAGUGACUGCUUCCUACCCGAGAAUCCUCUGUUCAUCGCAUGUGGAGGCCAGCAAAACAAUACCUUCAGCUCAAAAGCACCAAAAAACAGUUUUCACAGGAACUUGACUGCAUCCACAUCUAAGGAUAUUAGAAGGAAUGUCAACUACACUGAAAGAGGAGUAGUUUUCACUGUGGAAUCCUGGACUCCGGAUUCUGUAUCCUUCAUGUACCAGUCUUUGGAGAAGAAUAUUCGGACCAUGUUCAUAGGUGGCUCCCAGGAGCCCCUGAAGCACGUCUCUAGUCCCGUAGCAUCGUACUUUGUGUCAUCGCCCUAUGCAAGGCUCGGUUGGACAAUGGUCUCUGCUGACCUCAACCAGGAUGGGUAUGGUGACCUCAUAGUAGGGGCUCCAGGCUACAGCCGCACCGGUCACAUCCAGGUUGGGCGUGUGUAUGUCCUCCAUGGCAACGACCUGGGCCUGCCCCCCAUCGAUCUGGAUCUGGACAAGGAGGCCCACGUGACCCUGGAGGGCUUCCAGCCUGCAGGUCGCUUUGGCUCUGCCUUGGCCGUGUUGGACUUCAACAAGGAUGGAGUUCUUGACCUCGCUGUGGGUGCUCCCUCGGUGGGCUCUGAGCAGCUCACAUACAAAGGCGCAGUGUACGUCUUCUUUGGUGCCGAACAAGGAAAGCUGUCCUCCUCACCGAACAUCACAAUCUCUUGUCAGGAUGUCUAUUGUAAUUUGGGCUGGACACUCCUGGCAGCAGACAUGAAUGGAGACGGUGAGCAGGACCUCGUGAUUGGCUCUCCUUUUGCACCAGCUGGAGGGAAGCAGAGGGGGAUUGUGGCUGCAUUUUAUUCUGGCUCCAGUCAGAGUGACAAAGGUAAGCUGGACAUGGGGGCCGCUGACUGGACGGUGAGAGGGCAGGAGGACUUUGCCUGGUUUGGAUACUCCCUGCAUGGUGUCCAGGUGGACAACAGGACCUUGCUGCUGGUUGGCAGCCCAACCUGGAAGAACAAUAGGCCGAACUACUUGUCCCGCAGACACAAGAGAAAUCAGAGCCUGGGACGAGUAUAUGGUUAUUUCCCACCCAAUUGCCAAAGCGCGUUUACCAUCUCUGGAGAUAAGGCAAUGGGGAAGCUGGGCACAUCCCUCUCGAGUGGUGGAGUGCUCAUCAAUGAGACACUGACGCAAGUGCUGCUGGUCGGGGCUCCAACCCAUGAUGAUGUGUCUAGGAUGGCAUUCCUGACCAUGACCUUGCACCAAGGCGGGAGCACCCGGAUGUAUAAGCUGGUGCCCAACGCAGAGCCAUCUCUGCUCAGUUCCUUCAGUGGGGAUCGGCGCUUCUCUCGGUUUGGUGGAGUUCUGCACUUGACUGACCUGGAUAAUGAUGGUUUAGAUGAAGUCAUUGUGACAGCCCCACUGAGGAUAACAGACAUGACCUCAGGACUGCUCGGCGGGGAGGAUGGCCGCGUGUACAUAUACAAUGGGAAACGGAUCACUGUUGGAGACAUGACGGGCAAAUGCAGCUCGUGGCUCUCACCGUGUCCAGAAGAGAAGGCCCAAUAUGUAUUGAUUUCUCCUGAAGCAAGUUCCAGGUUCGGGAGCUCCCUGGUCACCGUGCGAUCCCACGCAAAGAAUCAAGUUGUCAUUGCUGCUGGCAGGAGUUCUUUGGGAGCCCGGCUGUCUGGAGCACUUCAUGUCUACAACUUGGGCCCAGACUGAAGACUUUGCACCGUUUCUGCCCAUGCCCAGCUUGUGAUCUCCACCCCGUGAGGCAUCUCCAUGGUGGGAGUUGUGGUGGACAGUGUGGCAUCCAGUGGAGCUAUGGUAGACUGUUCGAAGAGGUGGCAGCUCCUGGGAGUGGACACACACCAGCACCUGGACACUAUGGGGCUGUAACUGUAUGAUGGCACCAGGAGCAUGUGAAAUAUACCUUGUCUUCCUUCCUGCUCUUUUCCAGCCCACUGUGCUUAGUCCAUGUCCCUUCUGAUGGUGCAAAGGCCUCUCUGGCUCUUUAGAGAAACCUCUGUAUGUGCUGCCUCCUAAAUCCUUUGUAAAAAUCAGUGGCCCAUUAUAAUCAAGGUGUAAUGUAAAGCUUGGGCUUUAGAACAAUGACAACACACACAAGGGAAGGUGGUGGUUAAGGUCACUUCAACCUGUACUGCUGAGAUCUCAUCCUUGUGCAAUGAGAGUCCACUUUCCGCAUUAUAAAUAGUGAAGGAAAAAUACACAAAUGAAACCUGAUCACCUUCCCUUGCCUUCCAGUGCCUCCGUAGGACAGCUACUGCAGUCAGCAGUGAGCCUCAUGACUCCCCACCAGCUCACAAGGGGCCUCGUGCACUUGGUCACUGUAAGUUGGUCCAAGUUGGCAGAGUGAGAAUGGGGAAGCAGAGCCUAGCUUCACUUUUCUCGGGCUAUUUUCCAGGAUGUGGGGAUGGACCGACUCUGCCUGUCCUGCAGGCUGCCAGACUGGAGGGAACAGAAUGGACCAUGAGGCUCACGGUCACAAAACAUGGGAAGGCUUUACUGCCUGUCUGCAAGUGCUAGUUUAUAGUGUGAGGAUCCAGUGGUGGAAUGAUAUUAAAAGCAGGAAAAAACGGAGGUCCUCCUCGAUUUCUCUGGAGGCAGAGGCUGGGGGAAGAGACAGGUGGAAUCCAGGGCAGGGAUGGAAAGUUAAACUAGACACCAAGGAAAAGCUCCAGUGGCUGCCAAGAUGUGCGACCAGGUGGGUACAGAUGGGGAGCGGCAGACAGGUGCAUGCCAGGAAUCACCUCUGGCUCCCUGUGGCGGAACAGCAGUCUGGUUUCAGGUACCAAGCACUGGCAUUUCAACCUAUUAGAAUUAUCUGUGGGGUUUUAGUUUCUCAUUAACUUAUACAAGAGCUUUAACUCAAAUGUCUUUAUUUCAAACUACUAGAAGACAUCUACAUAUUUGCAUUUAUUUCCAUUGCUUUUGCGUAACAGGAUGAGACUGAAUUGAUCUGAAGUUCCUGUCUCUUGCACCAUCCAUUAAACCAUGGGCAUUACUAAAAUAAAGGCAAUAUUCAGUAUGUGACUAUAUUAACACAAUUUCAAAAAUAAAGCUCUUGGAAUAACUUA